AAAUCUUGUCAUUUUAAAAUUGAUACAUAAAAUAUUAAAAUUAAAAAACUUACCAAAAUAGAAGGAAGACAGACACUUAAAUUGAUAGUGAGAGAAAUUUCAAUUCCCUCUCCCAUGUAAACAACUCAACUCUCUUUCUUAGCCCCCUCUCUCAAAAACACUUCCAAUCAUAAAUUCACUCUCUCUACUUCCACACAAAAGUUUUUGAUGCAGAUUCUCUAAACCACUACCACUUCAAAGUCCUAUUAUUUUCCUUCAUUUCUACUCUUCACUUAUCUCUUCAUAAAAAAUAAAAAUGAAAGAUAUGUUCUGUGCAUCCCAAGCUGCAACAGCAAUAUGUCUUAGCAUGGAAGAAUUGGGCUCUUCAUCUUCUUCUUCCUCUUCUGUUAUCCAACUUGGUGGCGGCAGCAUCUCCGCCAGCCGCGCAAUUGAUCGAUAUAAUCCAAUAAUCAGAGAUUCGCGAAGAACAGGUCCUAAAUCCAUCUCUGCACCUUGUUCUGCUCACUCACCAAUAUCUCCGAAACCACAGAGCAAGAGUAGAAAAUCAACUUCAAAAGAUUCCAAGAAAUCAAAGGGCGUCCCAAGAAAACCACUGAUAGUUAAGGAUGAUGAGAAAAGGAAGAGCAGUGCUACUGAAGCAAAUGAGAAUAAUAAUUUUAAGACAAGUAGUUGGAGUUGCAAAAAGCCUAGUGAAUUUAUAACUCCACCUGGUUCAUCUAGGUACCUUUUGAGUGAGAAGAAUUUGUUGGAUGCUUUAUCAGAUUUUGAUCCUGUUAUGAAGUUGGUUGAUUCUAGUUCUACGGUGGAAGCUGCGAAAACUAAGCCAGAUGAAUCUUGUCCACCAAAGCCACCUCCAUCUUCUGCUAAUCAGGUGGUUGUUCUUAGAGUUUCACUUCACUGCAGAGGAUGUGAAAAGAAGAUGAGGAAACACAUCUCCAGAAUGCAAGGUGUGAAAUCUUUCAACAUAGAUUUUGCUGCUAAGAAGGUAACAGUAACUGGGGAUGUGACACCAUUAGGGGUUCUUGCAAGCAUUUCCAAGGUGAAGAAUGCACAAUUAUGGACACCUACACUGGCAUCUUCUGUCCCUACAGCCAAAGUUGAUUUGAGUAAUUCUGAGUUGAAGAAUAAUGACAAGCAGCUGGGACCGUCUCAUGAGAAGAUAGAAAAUGUUUCUCAAAGUUCAACAAUUCAACUAAUUUUUCAUGAAAAAGUUUUUCUGCCUAUUCCAUUUGGCAUCAACAACAACAACAACAUUCCAUUGUAAUCCCACAAGUGGAGUCCGAAGAAGGUAGGAUAUAUGCAAAUCUUACAACGUGGAGGUAUAGAGGUUAUUUCCGAUAGUCCUUCUAUCUUUGGUAUUAGUGUUUGGAAAAUAACGACUAUUUUCCCCUAAAACUUUUAGCAUGAAAUCUACUUGGACACGGACCUUCUCACUUAACUGUGGUUUCUGUCAUGCAUGACACGAGCUAAACUCGGUGACUGUUUUUCACCCUUAUGCGAUAUCUACCCCAAGACUAGCAAUUUAAUCAUAUGUCUCAAAUUAAAGUGAUUAUAUAUCACAUAACCAAAGUUUAUAUGCAAGACGAAUUGUGAAUAGUCUUGCAUUUAUUUUCCCUGAAACAAACACUGGAUAAAUUUUUAUCGUAAAUUUGUCAUUGU